AUUUAGCUGCUAACCCUAACCUAGUGAAUUAUGUCACAUGGGAACCUAGUUACGUUACCUAUAGCUAAUUAACUAUUAACUAUUCAUGAGAAUUAGGAAAAUGUUGUUUUUUUUUUCCUUCCCAAUAUAUCCCUUUGCAAUUAUUAGAUUUACUAAUUGUGGGUUCUUUUAUCAAAGUGGGGGUUGAUAGUAAUGAGUGAGAACAGAAAUUUCUAAGGUAAUCAUUUUCACAUGCAAAUGCUGCUUUCUUGUAUACACUAGACACACACAAAAAAAGGGUAUCACCUAUAUAUUAGAGCAGAAAUUUUAACCUGUGACCAUAUUUGCAAAAGGGGCAUUGUUUGUUGACCUUGGAAGCUGCUCAAGAAAGGAGAUGGUGCCUUGCAACUGAAUGAUGUCAAAUAGUUGAUUUGGUGCACCAUUUUUGUUUCUUGCUUCCUUGAUACAGUUAAUGGGAUCCAAUUGGUCCUUAUAAUAUUACUAUAACAAAUAAUGCUAGAAUGAGGCUCCUGCGGCUGUCAGAAGCUGCAGAGAAGCUCCAAAAACAAGCAGCUAUAAGCAUUCAGAGGGGAGAUGAAAAUGGUGCGAGGGAAAUGCUUUUCCAGAGGAAGAAGGUGUUGCAAGCUCUGGAAAAGUCUAAAAGCCGUAUCGAAUUGCUUGAUGAGCUAUCCACAAAGCUAAGUGAGGUGAAGGGAAUGCAUUAUAGUACUCUCAGAGUUUCAUUGGAAAAUAUACCCUUUGAAUUUCAGGCAAUAUCUUUGAAAGAAAGUCAGCUCAUUGGGUCCACAAUGAACAUGGAAGACACAAUAGAAGAUGCUUCAAGUCCCAUUCGAAUUGUUGCACCAUCGGAGGAGGUUCAAGGAGAUUUCUCCGAGGAUGACUCAGAACCAAACACAAUGAAUUUCAGUGAUAUUCAAGGGAACCAACUAGAUGAUGAGGAGGCUGUGAAUAUUCUGGGAUCACUUAGCAAUGACAGUUGGAAUGAAGACAAUACUGUUAGCUGCUUGUCAGUUACAUCUGCUUAUGACGAAUUCCUGGAAAAUAUAGAUAAAAAGCUUGACGAAAUUGAAGCUGAACUAGUUACUGUUUUGAAUGUCUCAACGUUGGUUCUGGACAGUGAAGAGAGACCAAAAAAUUCCAGGUUGCAACAAACAACAGAACUUCUCGAGAGCAUCCGCACAAUAAGACAGAGAAUUGCAAGUAUCAAUGUAUCACAGAGGCAAAACUGAGGAUCUGAUCAAUUUUGUGUUGCCCAACUCAUCUUCUGCCGCCAGAAGUAGCAGAUUGGAACAAAUUGCCUAAGGACUAAGGAUAACUCAGUGAAGUGGCUUGUCAAUGCCUAAAACUUCCAUUGUGCUUUCUGCUUAAGGUAGCUACAAGGUGUGGAGUUUGUAAAUAUGGCUUACAAGAUUCACUUUUUAUACUAUUUUGUUCCAUUCAAUACCACAAAAUCCAGUCAUAUUGGGAGGCUUUGCAACUAUGGAUAAAAUUCCAAUGACAAUAGUUAAUAUUUUGUUUAAUCAUUACUUAGAUCGCUGACUAAUGAAACCAUUUUUUCCCCGGUAUUAUUGCUA